CUUUAAAAAAAAGUUGUCCUGAAAGUGAAGAUGGAGCUUAUCUAGGAACACAUGGAGUAGUUGCUUUUAGAUUUAACAUUUUUAGUUUUGAGUACUACUAAGAGUGCAUUGUUGACGUGCAUAGAGUCAAUGCCCCAAAUUAACAUACACUUCCUCCAUCCCAAAUUAAACUUCUCGUUUGUUUUUUCACAAAGUUUAAUAAAAAGUGAAAUUGUUUGGGGAGACUUAUGCAGUGGAGAGAGAAUUAGUGUGAACCACCCAUUCCAUUCAUUCUAAGGAAUGGAAAGUUUAUUUGGGGACAAUUAAUAUUCAAAAAUAGAAAGUGAGAAGUUUAGUUUGGGAUGGAGGGAUUAUGUCAGACCAUUACAAAUUAAAAAGAUAUUAGUUAAUGGGGAUCUAUCGUAUUGAUAAAUUACAUGAUUAGUCCAUUAUUGAAUGCUAUAGAGAGACUGAUAAACUCUGUCAAUGGUCCACCAAACCUAAAAACAACUAAUUGGCUCUUUCCCUAAGAAUACAAAAUCAAAUGAUCAGGAUACAAUAUGAGAAACCCAAUAAGAAACAAAAAUUUGAAGAAAACGUAAAUCUGGGAAAGAAAAUACCUAGGGUUCGGGUUGAUUUUCUGUCGGCGUGACCACGAGAUUCGUGUGGAAAAAGUAGAAGAGGGCAAGUCGGCGGUGAUAUUGCAGUGAGAAUCGACGGCUAGAUUUUGGUGGUUGAGUUCGCCGAUCUGAUGGAGUCUGCGGGGGACAUGAGAGAGGAUAUUGAUAGUUUUUUUCCUAAGGCUCCACGAUCGUUAAUGAUUUACUGUAGAGACAUGAUAUGUUGGGAAAAUUAUGGAUAGGUUUUUGCAUGCAUGGUCUAAUACUAGUUAAUGCUCCAACAAUCAUAAGUGGUGUACUGAUGUUACUUUAGCAAUUCGGUUUUAUAAGAAAAUUGGCCCAAAACUGCAUUUUUAUGUAUCCUAAGAAGUCGAAAACAAAAAUUCACAAUUGUCAUUCAAAGCCCAAACCCUCAUUGCCAAUUUCUGGGAAGUACAAAUGUAGAGCUAGAAAUUGGAAAAUACUUGUAGUGAUUAACAUUUAUCAAAUAUCAGAUCAACUUUCACUCUUGAAUCACAAAGCCACCGUCUUCGGCUGAGUUGACUGAGUUCCCUCAUCAUGCGCAUUCUACAAAGUUUGCUAUUUACUCGUCUCCCUACAAAUCCAACCAGAAAACUAAUUUCAACACCAUUGAAGAGCAUUGGGCUUUCAUUGCCGUUCUCAUCCAAGCCUGAUAAAGAGCCUGGAUUGACUACUAAUUUUGGAUAUUUGAAGUCCUCUGAAGGAAUUGGUUGGGAAAGCGGGUCAUCUUGGUCUAUUGGCUUAACGAAGGAGCAUUUUGAUGGGGAGGUUGUGGGGAAACAAUUACAGACAAACACUUCACACUCGGGAGCUGCCAGAAUGACAGAAGAAGAAAUAGCUACACUGAACCGUCUUGAGGAGGAUGUUCGCAAGUCAGAGGUGUUUGUGAAGGGGUGGGAUGGAAGGAUGAGAGACAUUGCUACGAUGAUGAAGCAGGUUAUGGAACCAGGGGCGAGGGGAUCAUAUUUGAAAGAUUCCGAAAAAACCGAAAUGUACAAGAAGCACAAGGCGAAUCCUGAGCUAUACACUAUCGAGAAGCUGGCCAAAGAGUACAGGAUCAUGAGGCAGAGGGUGCAUGCAAUUCUGUGGCUGAAAGAGCAGGAGGAGGAGGAGGAGAAGAAACUGGGUCGCCCUCUUGAUGGCACCCUUGAGUCCUUGAUUGAUAACAACCCAGAAUUUUACAAUUCCCAUGAUAGAGAAUUCCAUGUGGCAACCCUGUGUUACAAGCCAGACUUCAAGGUCAUGCCUGAGGGUUGGGAUGGCACGACCAGAGAUCCCGACGAGGUACACUAUGAAAUAUCGAUGAAAGAGGAUGAGAUGUUGUACCGCGAAUUUGUCCAGAGGUUCAACUUUAACAAGAUGAAGUUUGAGAAGAAAGUGAAGUGCCACAAGCACAGCCGGAUGCGGCCAGCACAGGGAUGGAACUUCACAGUUGAGAAGUUGGGGUCCCGCGGGAAGCGUGGAAACGGCGGGGGCUGGAAGUUUGUGAGCAUUGCAGACGGGUCCACUCGCCCUCUUGAUGAUUUUGAGAAGAUGUUUGUGAAGAGGGAAACCCCGCGGCGUCGCCGAAAGAUCCUCCCCUGAUUCAUUCAUUCAUCACACACACUGUUUUUAUUGCAGUAAUUUUUUGUGCAAUGUUUUUUCCUUUUUUUUGCAGGAAUUUAAUUGGCUAAUAGAUUAUUUUUCUUCAUUAUUUGGAUGUAGACUCUAGAGUUUCUGAUGCAGUCCUUAGCUAUAUUCUCUAUUUCUAUUUUUGUUAAAGUAUGCUAUUAUCCUAUGUGUAACCUAGUGGGGCAACUCUAUAAAUAUUGGCUCUGGAA